AGUGCUGGAGUGCUCUACUAGGUUGAAAUCAACAAAAUCAAAUUAAACCCAUGACCCCUCAAUCCAAAGCUCUUAUAUCCUUGCAUGUUUAUGAGCUUCAUUUUUUGUGAAAAAAAGUGAAAAUGACGAGGGCGAAGAUCAAGAUUAAGAAAAUCGACAACAUAACAGCGAGGCAGGUAACAUUCUCUAAGAGGAGACGAGGACUCUUCAAGAAAGCUGAAGAGCUUUCUGUGCUUUGCGAUGCUGAUGUUGGACUCAUUGUUUUCUCAGCUACCGGGAAGCUCUUUGAUUAUGGCAGCUCCAGUACGAAGGACAUAAUUACAAGGUAUAAUACGCACUUACAAGGCAUCAACAAAUUGGACAGACCUUCUCUAGAACUGCAGCUAGACGCUAGCGAUAGCGCCAAAUUGAAUAAGGAAAUUGAAGAUAGAACGCAACAACUAAGGCGUAUGAAAGGCGACGAUCUUCAAGGACUAGACCUAAACGAGUUGCAGCAACUGGAGAAAACACUUGAAAAAGGACUCAACCGCGUGAUUGAGAUAAAGGAAAAGCGAGUUAUGAUUGAGAUUUCUGAACUUCAGAAUAAGGGUAUCGUGUUGGAAGAAAAGAACAAGCAGUUAAAGCAAAAGCUAGCGGAGACGCUUAUGGUGGGUAUGCUGUGUAAAGCAAAAAGUCCUGUAGUGGUGGAAUCGGAUAUUGGAAUGCAAGAAGGUGUCUCAUUAGAAUCCAUGAAUAAUAUAAGCAGUUGCAUUAGUGAUCCUCCUAUUGAGGAUGAUUCCUCGGACACUUCUCUCAAGUUAGGGUUGCCCUUCUCUAACUGAAGAUUUAACACGGGGAAAGAUUCUUGUGUCUUUUUUGGCGUUAAGAAAUUUUCUAAACUAUACCAAGUACAGUCAUGAUUUUGUUGGUCUUACUAUAUUUGUGAGAGUACAUGUAGGACCAAUAAAAUCAGAUGGUAACAAUUGAUUUGGUGUAGGAAAAAUCCUUAACACUAAAAAAGAAGACAGAUUAAUUAACCUUCUAGUAAAUAUAAAUAUGACUUCCUUGUCUUGUAAUGUUGAAAGCUUAUAUCUGCCGUAGCGACCAUGAUAUAGUUUGCGUGGUGUUAAGUUGUUAUUACAUGCAAGUUCUCCAAACUUGCCAUGAAUUUUAUAUGUAAUUUUGUGCUAUAAGUUGAUAAUAAUUUCUUUUAAUUUUUUUUUAAAAAAACAAAUCAUAUUUUGCUUCUUCAACGAGAUAUUUUGAAUGGCAAACACACUGCAAUCACUUUUCAGAUGAGGAUGGUAAUGACAUCCCCAACUCAUUUAAAAAAAAAAAAAAAAAAACAACUUUGAUGUUUUAGUUUUAGUUUUUUUUUUUGUGAAAUAUAAGUUUAUGUAAGGAGGUUAUGCUUAGGGGUGCUAAAUGAGUCAGGGGCCUUUGGCUCGGCUCGUGAAGACCUGAGCUUACAUGUCUAAAAUUUAUUGUUGGACCCAGACUUGGACUUGUAUAAAAGCUCGUUUAAUAAAAAGGUCUCAGGCUCCAAUUCAAAAGCUCGGCCUUACAGCCUCUCAGGUUUGCUUAAUAUUUUUAUUUUUAUUUUUUUUAUACUACUUGUGAUAGCCCUCUCUCUCUUCUCAAUUCAUUUCAUCUCAUUUUAUUAAUU